CUCCAUGAUCAAGCUUUCUUGCUUUAUAUUCGAUUGAUUUCUUCUGAAAUUGCCCCCAAUGAGUUCACUUUCUCGUCGAUUUUGAAAUCAUGCUCCACUGAGUCCGGAAAAGCUAUCCAUACCCAUGUUCUUAAACUCGGGUUGUGGAUGGAUCCGUACGUGUCGACUGGUCUCGUCGACGUUUAUGCGAAAGGAGGAGAUGUAUCAUCUGCCCAGAAACUGUUCGAUAGAAUGCCUGAGAGAAGUCUUGUUACGUCUACAGCUAUGGUUACUUGCUACGCAAAGCAGGGGAACGUUGAGGCUGCGAGAGCUUUGUUCGAUAGAAUGUGUGAGAGAGACAUUGUUUCUUGGAACGUGAUGAUUGAUGGAUACGCUCAACAUGGGUUCCCUAGUGACGCUCUGAUGCUUUUUCAGAAACUGUUGGCGGAUGGAACAUCGAAGCCUGAUGAAAUAACCGUUGUAGCUACUCUCUCGGCUUGUUCGCAGAUUGGAGCGCUUGAAACUGGGCGUUGGAUCCAUGUUUUUGUCAAGAACGAUCGUAUUAGGCUCAAUGUUAAAGUAUCCACGGCUCUGAUUGAUAUGUAUAGCAAGUGUGGGAGCUUGGAAGAAGCAAGUUUAGUGUUUAAUGAGACUCCGAGGAAGGAUAUUGUGGCGUGGAAUGCGAUGAUUGCUGGUUAUGCAAUGCACGGUUAUAGCCAAGAAGCGUUGAAAUUGUUUGAUGAGAUGCAGGUUGUUACAGGGUUGCAGCCAACUGAUAUAACUUUCAUCGGAACACUUCAGGCUUGUGCUCAUGGUGGAUUAGUAAACGAAGGGGUGAGACUGUUUGAGUCAAUGGGACAAGAGUAUGGGAUUAAACCCAAGAUCGAGCAUUACGGAUGCUUGGUCAGUCUGCUUGGUCGUGCUGGUCAGCUGAAACGAGCUUACCAAAUCAUAAAAAACAUGAAAAUUGAAGCUGAUUCUGUCUUAUGGAGUUCUGUUCUUGGAAGCUGUAAACUUCAUGGAGAUUUUGUGUUAGGCAAGGAAAUUGCAGAGUAUCUCAUUGGACAAAACAUCACAAACUCAGGAAUCUAUGUUCUUCUCUCAAACAUAUAUGCAUCAGCGGACGAUUAUGAAGGUGUUGUAAAAGUGAGAAACUUGAUGAAGGAGAAAGGAAUCGUGAAGGAGCCCGGUGUAAGCACAAUAGAAAUCGAUAACAAAGUUCAUGAAUUCCGAGCUGGAGAUAGAGAACACUUAGAAAGCAAGGAAAUCUACACAAUGGUAAGAAAGAUGAGCGAGCGGAUCAAGUCUCAUGGUUACGUUCCAAAUACAAACACGGUCUUGCAGGAUCUUGGAGAAAUAGAGAAAGAGCAAUCUCUACAAGUUCAUAGCGAGAGGCUCGCGAUUGCUUAUGGUCUGAUCAGUACCAAACCGGGAAGUCCCUUAAAGAUAUUCAAGAACCUACGAGUGUGUUCAGAUUGUCACACAGUGACGAAACUGAUAUCCAAAAUCACCGGACGUAAAAUCGUCAUGAGAGAUCGGAAUAGGUUCCACCAUUUCUCGGAUGGUUCGUGUUCUUGUGGCGAUUUCUGGUAAAACCGAACCAAACGGCUUACAGAUUAUAGAUUUGUACAUGAAAAAAGAGAUUUGACUGUUCGUCAAAAAAAAAAAGAGAUUUGACUUUUCAAAAUUUCUUGAAGAACAGUAACUUGACUUUUUAUUUUUCA